CUCACUCUCAGAGGGGUUCUCAUACACACUGCAGGAGCAGAACUUCCUGUACUGGGGUGGUAACUGGACGUAGAGGUCUGAGGGUGUACAGGGUCUAAAGAGACUUGAACUAGCUGGGAGCCACAAGUCAUCAUGGUUAUCCUGCUGGUCCUCACACUGAAGGUUGUCCUCCUCUUAGCUGCUGUGUGGAGUGUGCGUACAGCAGAGUUGAUCACAGUGGAAGGAUAUGAGGGGGGCAAGGCAGAGAUCAGAUGCCCCUAUAGAGAGGAGUGGAGGAGCCACCAGAAGUACCUCUGCAAAGGGGUUUGUACUGUUUUUAAUAAAGACAAAGUUAUUAAGACUGAGGCGGGGGAAAACAGUGCUUCAAGAGGGAGAUACUCGCUGAAGGACAACAGAGAGGAAAGUGUCUUCAUUGUGACCAUCACCAACCUGACGUUAAACGAUGCUGGGAGAUACUGGUGUGGAGUGGACAAAUGGGGACAAGAUAACUACAUUCAAGUCAACCUUGAAGUCUCUGAAGCAGCACCAACAAUCACCACCAAAACAGAACCUACUACAACCGCAUCAAACCCUGGUUCACCAACUCCAUCAUCCUUAGCCAUCUCACCACCAUCAUCCAUCUCAUCAACACACAAUGGAUCUGGAACAUCAGUGAUCAUCAUAGUAUCUAUGAGUCUGGUUACAUUGCUGCUUGUAGUCAGUCUGCUUAUAGUCUACAGAUGGAAAUGCAACAAGGAAACAGCUGUCUCCUCUGCACUGACGGUGAACACUGGGAUCAACAGAGAGGGUUGUGAUCRUGACUAUGAGGAAAUAAAUGACCAACCCCUACAGUCCAACAUCUACGCCAACUUACCCACAAGCCCCUCUGAAUCUCAACUAUGCCGGUGUCAACUUCCAUAAGGACCCCAGCUGCCCCAAUGAAGCCAGUGCUGUCAUUUAAGAAAGCACUUCUUCUGGUGACUAUGCCACUGUCAACAUUGGUCAAAACCCUSCCUACUCCUCCCAUCUACUCCAGUCAGCAGAAACACCUGAGUCACUGUCAACCAAUCAGAAGGGACAUACACACACUGGCAACCAAUCACAGUGACAUGUUAUUAACUAUGUGUGCCACCUCUUGAGCGGUGAGAUUUAAUUUGAGCAAACAUCUGCAUAAUCUGCUUCAUGUCCUCACAGAUGUGCUACCUUGACUACUGUCUUUCAUGUCUCUGCUCACCUUGUCUUAAUGUUUAGGUCACUUAGGCCUAAUUUGCAUGUUAAUAUCUGUUAAAAUCUAAGUAAAUAUUGGCUCACUAUAUGCAUUAUAACUGUCUUAUGGUUUUUAACACAUAAUUAAAUAGACAUAAUUAAGGGAUAAUCAAUGAGGGACUAUGCAUUCUGUGGUAAACAAUGCACGAUUUGGAAGUUGUGUGCCACCACGCACAGCGCCGUGGCACUAACCUUCCACGGAGUUGCAUUAUUUUCCAGGGAAMGCAUAGAGCCCCGAGUUGAUUAUCCCGCUUAUACCACGGCUAUAACACUUUCUGCUAGAAAUGAAAAAAUAGCUAGCUGGAAAGUUUCCUAGAURGCUACAGUAGUUACCUAACAGACUUGCUACAGUAGAUUAGCUAAGCAAACCAUCAGUCCUCCUAGCUUGCUAUUAAUGAAAAUCAAUAUUGCCAAUUAUGUUUUCAAUUUGACUUUUGCUUUCAAAAGCAGGUUAGACCCCUGGUAGUGUCAAAUAGGUAAUAGUCUCUAACCAUGGUCUCCAUUUCCCCCCACCAUGUGCCCACUAUGCCCAACAUCAUUUAAUAGUUAUUGACUCGAUACCGGUACCCUCUGUAUAUAGCCUCGUUAUUUU